AUGAGCAAAUCCCCGGUAAAGAGCUGUGAUAUCGUCAUGGCCAACGCCGGGGUCAGUGGACUUGACGAUGUCUUUGACCUGGAUGAUCCAUCCGGACCCCCAGUCAAGCCAAAUCUGCGGAUCGUCAAUAUCAACCUCAUCGGAGUCCUUUACACGGUCAAGCUGGCGAUGCACUAUUUCCGCAAAUCGCCGGUCGAUGAGCAUCGUGACCGUUGCUUGAUCCUCCAGGGCAGUACUGCGGCAUACGUCGAUCAACCAGGGACGCCGCAAUACUCUGCAUCGAAAUUUGGAGUCCGAGGCUUGAUGAGAAGUUUGCGUCGAACGAGCUGGAUGCAGGAUGUGCGGGUCAACUUUCUAUGUCCAUGGUUCACCAGAACCCCCAUCAUGAGCGAGGAAGUUAUACAGCGUUUGGAGAAACUCAAUCUGGACUUUGCGACUCUCGACGACGCGGGCAGAGCAGCCCUCCGAAUUGCAAGUGACAAGACGAUGAACGGCCGCGCCAUAGUCAUCCUCCCGCGGAAGUUUGCGCCUGAGGGGUUCAUCGAUGUUGCGCGAGAUGACCUGAAAGCGCCUGACCCCAGGGCAAUCUGGCAGUCAGAGACGUUGAGAGUCAGUCAUCGUGUCGCGGAAGCCGAAGGACACAAGAAAGCAGCUGGUUGA